CACGCUCCCUGAAGUUUAACGGUCGCGAGAGGCCGCUCGCCCGACGCUGAAUUGAAUCGGCGGCCAGAGUCUUGGGAACUUAGGAUAUUUCACAGUUCUGAAUGUUAGCAACUGAAAAUGCCUGUAGACGAUGAAGCAUCUGAAGAUGACCCGGAUUCAGUUUCUUCAGACAGUGAAAGAACCUACACUUUCCAAUGAGAGAGCAUAACAAUUUCUGUCCACUAUGGAAGAUGCUGACCUGGUGAAACCCUUACAAAAAACCUCAUCUUCUGUAGAAUCUGAUAUAAAAAAUUCUCCCUACUCUCUUGGACUGAACUUAAGUACUAAUAGAAGUAGCCCCCACCUUAGUACAAAUGGGGUAUCCUCUUUCUCAGGGAAGACCAGACCGGCCGUAACUCAAGGCACAGGUGAAGCCCUCACCUCUUUCAUGCAAGAGCUACAGCACAGCGGGAGGACUGACGCGGAGCUUUGGAAAAACUGCGAGGCCAGGUGGUUACAGCUAUUCAACUUGGUGGAAAAACAGUGCCAAGAACAGAUAGCGGCCCAGCAGGAACAGUUCCACAACCAAGUCCAAUGGGUCCAGGAGGAAAUAAAGAAUUUAGUCAAGUUACAGAGCAGCAAUGCCUCGCGGGCUUCCUAUGACAGAAGUUCUCUGAGCGAACACCUCUCUUCAGAAAGGCAGAUGGGGUUCUUUUCUGAAAACAGUGACAGAAAUGAAUCUGUCCUCAGUUACCCAAAGUCCAAAGAGCCUGAAAUGCAGCAGGAAACUUCCCCGUCACAACCAGACUGCAAUGUGGACAGCAGCUCAGUGAGCAGUGGCUAUGGGACCUUUUGUGUCUCCGAGUUAAACACCUACACGUCUAAGGGCCCCCAGGAGUUCAUGGAGCACACGGAGGCUUCGGCGGGGCAGUGCGGGGCGCCAGCCGUGCAGACCUCGUCUCCUGUGGAUGGUGGAAAGCACAAGCGUUUCUACAUCCAUUCUCCCCAAGAGUUCAGUGACUCGUUGAAGGAAGACAUUUCCAUUUUUCCUGGUGAUUUUGAACACAAGUUUCUCGGUGAAAGUAAGAUUUUGGAAGUGUACAGUGGAAAAACAAGUAGUAAAGCGAUAACAUCAUGGGCGCAGAAGCUGAAGCAGAACCACCCGAAGGGAGCCCAUGCCGAAGAGGGGUGUCCCCAGUCCACGCAAGGAACGGAGCAGCCCCAGAGAGUGCCGGUGGACAAGUUGGAGUUCGCUGCUGCUACACCACCUCAUGCUUUUUACCUCAGUAAGCCAGACGAAAGCCCCAAUUUUUGGAUGUCUGAUUCAGGAACAGGCCUGACACACUGGAGACCGGAGGAGAAGGACACGUACCACUCUCUGCCCGAGGUCACAGACAAGCCCUUUGCCUCGUCCUCCUCCCCCCAAGUGUCAGCCAGCCCGGCUAACACUAGUAAUGAGAUGAAGCUUCCGUCACUGAAGGAUAUUUACCAUAAAAAGCAAAGGGAAAACAAGCAGUUAACCGAGAGGAAUCUCACUUCUUCCAGCCCAAACCAUCCGCCCGAGGUGCUGACUCUGGACCCAACGUUACACAUGAAGCCAAGUGAGCAGAUGGCGGGGACUCAGCCGCCGGGCUUUCUGAAUGCCCUCCAGGACAGGAUCUCCUUCUCGCCAGACUCUGUUCUGGAGCCCAGUGUGUCCAGUCGCUCUGACGUGGACUCCUUCUCGCAAGCAAGCAAUGCCACCUCUCAGUUGUCUGGGUUCCCCAAGUGCCCUUCACGUGCAAAAGCCUCAACAGCGGCCUCUUGGAAAAAUCACGCAUUCCCAAACGAAAGCAGGACCAGCUCCACGUUCCCCUCAGUCUAUACUGUCACUAGUAACGACCUCUCGGUCAACACCGUGGAAGAAGAAAACACUGUCAUGGUAACUGCAGCCUCAGUCAGUCAGUCCCAGCUUCCAGGUACAGCCAACAGUGUCCCAGAAUGCAUUUCAUUGACUUCCCUGGAAGAUCCUGUGCUAUUGUCUAACGUCAGGCAGAACCUGAAGGAAAAGCAGGCCCGGCACAUAGCAGAUCUUCGAGCUUAUUAUGAGUCAGAAAUAAGUAGCUUGAAACAGAAGCUGGAGGCAAAAGAAAUUUCUGCAGUUGAAGAUUGGAAGAAAACCAAUCAAAUUCUUGUAGACAGAUGCGGUCAAUUAGAUGGUGCUCUGAAUGAAGCCACUAGCCGUGUGAGGACACUUGAAAAUAAGAAUAACCUACUAGAAAGAGAAGUGAGUGAUUUCAGAGAACGCCUCAGUGCAGCCAGCAGUGCCUCCAAAAUUCUUCAGGAACGCAUCGAGGAAAUGAGAACAAGUAACAGAGAAAAAGACAACACCAUCAUUCGACUGAAGUGUAGGCUGCAGGAUCUGGAGGAAGCGUUUGAGAAUGCCUACAAACUCUCAGAUGACAAAGACGCCAGGCUGAAACAGGAAAACAAAAUGUUUCAAGAUCUUUUAGGAGAGUAUGAGUCCCUGGGAAAAGAACACGAAAGAGUGAAGGAUACAUUAAAUACAACCGAGAACAAAUUGCUUGAUGCACAGACUCAGAUUUCUGAUUUGAAAAGAACGAUCUCAAAACUUGAAGCUCAGGUCAAGCAAGUGGAGCAUGAAAAUAUGUUAAGUCUUCGUCAUAAUUCUAGAGCUCCCACGGGACCCUCCCGUGCCAACACACUGGCCACCUCUGACGUCAGCAGGCGGAAGUGGCUGAUCCCGGGGGCGGAGUAUUCGAUCUUCACCGGCCAGCCCCUGGAUGUGCCCGACAGGACCUCAGCGAGCAAGCUGGAGGAAACAGGCGUUCCUGGGUACCAUUCUCCUCCGGAAAAGGAUUCUUCACCUGGAAGUUCACCAACGAACUUACUGAUAAAAAAACAAAGAGAGACUUCAGACACACCAAUCAUGAGAGCUUUAAAAGAACUUGAGGAAGAAAAAAUAUUUAAAAAUUUGGGCACACAGACAGAGAGAGAGGACACUUCAAAUAAAUUAGCAAAUUCUCGGCAAACUGAAGCGACUGUCGGUGCGAGUCGGUCCCCAGAGAAGUGUGCCCAGCAGAGACACAGGAGGCUGAACUGUGCGCAGAGGUCGUCCUCCCUGCCGCCUUCCAGCCGCAAGCCCAGCACUCCAACGAAAAGAGAGAUUAUGUUAACACCAGUGACUGUGGCUUAUAGUCCAAAGCGGUCCCCUAAAGAAAAUUUGUCCCCAGGAUUUAGUCAUCUGCUUAGCAAAACCGAAAGCAGUCCAAUUCGAUUUGAUAUACUUUUGGAUGAUUUAGAUACUGUUCCCGUGUCUACGUUACAACGUACCAAUCCAAGAAAACAACUCCAGUUUCUUCCUCUAGAUGACGCGGAAGAAAAAAAAUAUUCAGAAAAAGCCACCGACACCCAUGCAAGUCAUAGCUCUGCCCCUGAACUGCCGCCGAGUGGAGCGAAGGGCGCCACGGGGAGCGCCGCGGGGACGGGCGAGUCGGGCAGUGCACAGUGUCCGGCCGCCGGAGCUCGUGCCCACGACUUUGAGUACACCGCGAAAAUUAGGACCCUGGCGGAAACGGAACGGUUUUUUGAUGAACUUACAAAAGAAAAAGACCAGAUUGAGGCUGCCCUCAGUCGGAUGCCUUCGAUGGGAGGACGAGUCACUUUGCAGACGAGAUUAAAUCAGGAAGCCCUGGAGGACCGCCUGGAGCGGAUUAACCGCGAGCUGGGCUCCGUGCGCAUGACGCUGAAGAAGUUCCACGUCCUGCGCUCCUCCGCGCACCUCCGCCCCGUGUAGCCAUUAAACCAGCCGCUUCAUUUGCACUGACGUGUGAUUAGCAGUCUGGGAGGCGGAGCGUUUUCUACUGUUUGUAGCCCUUCACGCCGUAGUUCUACAAUCAUGACACUUGCUCUUUUAUACUCCUAACGGCCACAGACUUCCAAGAUAUUUUUGUUAUGCUCAGGAAUCUUGUAUAUUUUACUAUUUAAAAAGUGUUAUUUUUAAAUAGUAUAUGUCUCCAGUUUAUAUCAAGAAUAAGGAAGUGUGACUGUGGGAGGCAGCUGGUCUCUAAACAAAUAGUGUUCAUCCUUUUACAGGUACCUUCACACCCGUUUUGUAAAUUUGUUCGACAUCGUGAAUAUGAUUUUUAAAAAUUUUUUAAAUGCUUCAGAACAGUUUUCAUAAUGGUAGGCUAAUCCACGCUGAAUGCAAAAAAAAUUACAGCACAUCCUGGAUUUAGUAGUUCUGAGCUUUUAAAAGCGCUAAUGCGAUUCCUGUCUGACACAUUUGUCUUAGAGUGAAUAUUAGAUUAGUCAUAACGGCAAUAUCGGCAAUAAUGGGACGCUGGAAAGCUUUCAAAACUGCAUGGAUAACUCACUCAUUUUGUUUCCCUUAAACUCUAUUUAUUUGUAAGGAAA